AUGAUCUCCAGGCGUAAUAGUGUUGCUCGAUUCGUCAAAGAUCCAAUCUCCCCGUCUGAGGAGAUUUCUUCAUAUAAUCUUAUAGCCCCUGAUUCCUUUAAAGCAAGAUAUGUGUUUGAAGUAGCUUGGGAGGUCGUUAACAAAGUUGGAGGAAUCUACACUGUAAUAAGAACGAAGGCCGCUUCUCAUGUCCAAGAACUUGGAGAUCGCUAUGUACUCAUUGGACCCUUGAAUGAAAUGUGCAUGCGAACAGAAGUAGAUAUUACAGAACCCACAAGUGAACAACUUAAACGAACAAUCGCUAAGAUGAGAGACCACGAUAUCAAAAUUGUUUUUGGUCGAUGGCUUAUUGAAGGAUAUCCUAGCGUAGUACUUUUUGAUAUAGGAUCCUCGGCUUGGAGAAUCGAUUCAUGGAAAAAAGAAUUAUGGGAUUCUUGCAAUAUUGGAGUUCCUGUACACGAUAGUGAAUGCAACGACGCUGUGAUUUUUGGUGGUCUCGUUAGCUGGUUUCUUGGUGAAAUAACUUCUGAGUUGUCACACUUCUUGGAUUCUCUCUCGCUCAGACAUAUCCCUAUAGUAUACUGUGGCCAACUGCGACAGUCUGGCGAGCAGUUUGGCUAUCAUUGGUUUAUCGAUUGCCAAUAG